GGGGAAGCCAACCUGAGCAAACACAGCAGCCUGAGUGUUGCCGAGGCCAAAAUGCUGAGGACAACCCUUCCCAGGGGUGGUCUGAGUUGGGAGGCCCCCUGGCUCCCAACCUCUUCUGGCACUUUCUGCCUCUGCCUCACGUUCUUGUUGGACCAGGUGGGCUUGCUGCAGGGGCACCCCCAGUGCCUGGACUACGGCCCCCCCUUCCAGCCCUCCCUGCACCUCGCGUUUUGCUCCGACUAUGAGUCCCUCGGCUGCUGUGACCAGCGUAAGGACCAGCGCAUCGCCGCUCGGUAUGGGGACAUCAUGGACUACUUUGAUGGGAAGGGCCGGGAGCUGUGCGGCGGUCACAUUAAAGACAUCCUCUGCCAGGAAUGCUCACCGUACGCGGCCCAUCUCUAUGAUGCGGAGAACCCUCAGACGCCCCGCAGGAGCCUUCCCGGCCUCUGCUCGGACUACUGCUCCGCCUUUCACUCUGACUGCCCCUCGGCCAUCUCCCUGCUGACCAACAACCGUCGCCUCCCGGGGUCCCGUGCGAAAGACGGCGCCCACUUCUGCCGUGCCCUUAGCCUUCCUGACCGGGACUAUUGCUUCCCUAAUGUCCUGAGGAAUGACCAUCUCAACCGCAACCUGGGUGUGGUGGCCGAGGACCAGCAGGGCUGCCUGCAGCUCUGCGUGACCGAGGUGGCCAACGGGCUGAGGAACCCCGUCUCCAUGGUCCAUGCUGCGGACGGCACCCAUCGCUUCUUUGUGGCUGAGCAGGUGGGGGUGGUGUGGGUCUAUCUGCCUGAUGGGAGUCGCCUGGAGCAACCCUUCCUGGACCUCAGGAGCAUCGUGUUGACCACUCCAUGGAUUGGGGACGAGAGAGGCUUCCUGGGGAUGGCUUUUCAUCCCAAGUUCCGCCGGAAUCGCAAGUUCUACAUUUAUUAUUCAUGCCUGGGCAAGAAGAAGGCAGAAAAGAUCCGGAUUAGUCAGAUGAAAGUUUCUCAGGCUGAUCCCAACAAAGCUGACCCGGUGUCAGAAAGGGUUAUCAUGGAGAUAGAGGAACCAGCCUCGAAUCAUAAUGGUGGACAACUUCUUUUUGGUCUGGAUGGCUAUCUGUACAUAUUCACCGGGGAUGGAGGACAGGCUGGGGAUCCCUUUGGCAAAUUUGGAAAUGCUCAGAACAAAAGUUCCCUGCUGGGAAAAGUGCUAAGGAUCGACGUGAACGGGGCCGGCCCCGACGGCAGGCGGUACCGGGUGCCCCUGGACAAUCCGUUUGUCUCUGAGCCAGGGGCCCACCCCGCCGUCUAUGCCUAUGGGAUCAGGAACGUAUGGCGCUGUGCCGUGGACCGAGGCGACCCCGUCACGCACCGGGGCCGGGGCCGGAUAUUCUGUGGGGACGUGGGACAGAACCGGUUUGAGGAAGUCAACGUCAUUGUGAAAGGCGGGAACUAUGGCUGGAGAGCGAGGGAAGGCUUUGAGUGUUACGACAGGAAACUCUGUCACAAUGCUUCUCUGGAUGACAUCCUGCCAAUCUAUGCUUAUGGCCAUGCUGUGGGGAAGUCAGUCACCGGAGGCUACGUCUACCGUGGGUGCGAAUCUCCAAAUCUCAAUGGCCUCUACAUCUUUGGGGACUUCAUGAGUGGUCGACUUAUGGCUUUGCAGGAAGAUGGAAAAACCAAGAAAUGGAAGAAACAGGAUAUUUGCCUGGGAAACACUGAGCCUUGUGCCUUUCCAGGGCUGAUCAGCUCCUAUAGCAAGUUCAUCAUCUCCUUCGCCGAAGACGAAGCAGGGGAGCUCUACUUCCUGGCCACCUCCUACCCAAGUGCCUACGCACCACACGGAUCUAUUUACAAAUUUGUCGACCCGUCAAGGCGAGCACCCCCAGGCAAGUGCAAAUACAAGCCAGUGCCGGUGAAAACCACGAGUAAGCGGGUCCAGUUCAGGCCACUCGCCAAGACGGUCUUGGACUUGCUAAAGGAGCAAAUCGAGAAGGCUGCUGGGAAGUUAUCCAAUGUCACUUCAGCUUCCCGUCCAGGCCUGGCCUCAUCUCAGAAAGGGUCCUCCGAGAAACUGGCUUCUCCCACCAGAAGCAGGAAGCGCGUUCGAGGACCUGAUACAGAGAAGGGAGCCCAAGUGCGGUCCGCAGGCCCCCAGGGGAAGGGGACGAGGAGCCGGAAGGCCCGCAGUGCUGGGUCCGGGCUGGCCCCACGCGGCCAGUCGCUGUUACAGACAGUCCCGUAUCCUGCCCCAGCCCCGGGACGCGGGCACGACAUCGCGGGUGGGGACAUUCCCGCGCUCAGAAGGCGCUCGCGGCUGUAG